GCUGUGAUAAACAACAAUAUACAAAUACGUAGUAUACAAUCCGUAUCGAUAAAAUCCAGGAAGCUACCCACCAUUUUACAAUCAUUUUUCAAAGCAAGGCAGCUAGGCGAAGGACGUGUUGCGACUUUAUCUCUUCUGAAGAAGAAAGACAUAAAAGGGGGCAAAGACUUCAUUACGCGUUCAAAUUCAAAUCUUCAUCUUCAUAUCUAUCAACAGUUUCGUUUUCUGUAAAAUUUGGAAAAGGAAGUAUAAUGGGAGAGCACAUGGUCUUGAGCAAUGAUCGCCUAAUAAGCCCUGAAUCUGUUAAAAUAUUGAAAAGUUCUGAGGCAUCCAGACCUUCAGGAAGCAGUUCCCUCCCUCAUAAUCUGGAUGAUCAAUCUGCAUUGGCUAUUGAUAUAAAGGAUGAAGAAGAUGACAUACUAGGUGAAGAAGAGCCGCUAAUUCAGUCUGUAGAAUGCCGCAUUUGCCAAGAGGAAGACACUGUCAACAAUAUGGAAGUUCCUUGUUCUUGCAGAGGCAGCUUGAAGUUUGCACACAGGAAGUGUGUCCAAAGAUGGUGCGAUGAAAAGGGGGAUAUAACUUGUGAGAUAUGUCAUCAGCCCUACCAACCUGGCUAUACUGCUCUUCCUCGUCCACAGUCUGAAGAUACUUCUAUUGAUUUCGGACCGGGGUGGACUGUUACUGGAGAUCAGCUAAACUUACAUGACCCCAGACUUUUGGCAAUGGUUGCAGCAGAACGCCAUCUUCUAGAUGCUGACUAUGAUGACUAUGCUGAUUCAAGUGCCAGCGGAGCUGCUUUUUGUCGCUCUAUUGCUUUCCUUUUAAUGGCUCUUCUACUGUUAAAGCAUGCUCUGAGCAUUGGAAAUGGUGAUGGAGACGAUGAUGACGUUUCUGCUAUCUUCUCUCUUUUUUUGCUUCGAGCAGCUGCUUUUCUUAUUCCAUGCUACAUAAUGGCUUGGUUUAUUAGUAUAUUGCAGCGUCGAAGACAAAGACAGGAGUCAGCAGCAGCGUUGUCAGCAGCGGAAGUAGCGUUUAUGCUGCAGGCAGGGCAGCACAGAGGUUUACACUUUGCAAUAACACCACAGCCUGCACCAGCUCCAGCCCCUGCCCCGCCGUCGGUGACUGCUGUUGAAGUGCCAAGUGCCAUUAGUGAGCAAGUAUGAGCGUUACUUUGUUUUCUUUUCUAAUGCUGCUUAUGCACGAGAAGGCCUACCAAAUGUCACAUCUUUUUCAGAAAUUCUAUGGAACUUCUAUGGUAUUACAUUUUCUAUCGGCAGAUUAAACUUUCCCUAAAUGCCUGUAGUACCCUGAUAUUUAAAUGGGAUUAUAUACAAUGCAUCCAAAUAUAAUAAACUCUAUUGUAAAUUUGAAUAACUCUAAAUUUGCAUUCCAAAUUCGUUUUCUUUUGUGAUCUUACUUGAAAGUUAUUAAGUCAAAAUAUGCUUACAAAUGCUUUUGUAAACAUAAAAGAUUUGAGCGGAGAUGAAUGUAUUAAAAGAAAAUAAACAGGGUAUAGAAAUUAAUAUUUAUUUUGAAUUUAUGAGAAAUUGUUAAAUUUGGACAUAUUGUGUUUAACUUAUCUAAUGUACUAGUUAGGGUAUCGGUUUAAAUUCACGAAAAGUUCAGUCUACCAAUCAGAAAAUGUAAUAUCAUCUAGUAUAACUGUUAUGAUACAGAGCGAGUAUGUUGGACUGUUGGAGAAUUGGAGAAUCUUGUAUUGUUUGAAAUGUUUUUUCUUCGUUUAAAUUCAGAAGACCAAUGAAGGGCAUUAAGCUAUCUUUGAGAACUUCAAGGAUCAGCUUCAUAUGUACUAAUGGUUCUAUAUAUCAAUAUAUAACUGUUAUGUAUCUGUAAUUCUGUAUUGGAUUAUUGUUACAUCCACAUUGUACUAAUUUGGAGGCUUGGAGCAUAAACUUUCAACAGUUAACUUUCACUUGAUCUCCC